GGUGAGUUCUUUCGCUGGGUCUCGGGACAAGCGUGCAGACUCUCCUGUGAGGCCGGAAACCGCAUCUGGCUGGAGACCAGAGCUCAGAGCGUUUUCCCAGGCGGCCUAUAGGUGGAGCGCUGGAAAAAACGGGUCCCGCACCCCGGUCUGCGGGGUUGACCAGGCUCUGCGGAGACUGGGAGGCUACAGUCUGAAGAAGGGAACCCAGCAGCCACGGCCCAGCCUGCCCGCCAGAAACCGCCUAUGGAGGACGCCCAGCCGGACCCCACCGUGUUUGCCUCCCACUCUCUGCCCAGGGACCCCCGCCUGUUGGCCACUGUGACCAACGUGUACCUGGGCACACGUGUGUACCAUGACACACUGCACGUGAGCGGCGUGUACAACGGGGCCCGGGGCAGCACACACCGGGCGGUCCUGCCCAGCCCCCUUAACGUGCGGCUGGAGGCCCCCGCGGGGAAAGGAGCCCAGCUGACCCAGACCUUUGCUCUGGACACCAACACAGGCUCCUUCCUGCACACCCUGGAGGGCCCCAGCUUCCGGGCCUCCCAGCGCAUCUAUGCCCACCGCGUGCUGCCCCAUGUCCUGGCCUUCAGGGUGUCCAUUGCGCGGGUGGCUGUGGGGAGCAGGCCCAUCAAGGUGCUGUUGCGAUCAGCCUUCUCGCCGGAAAGCCCAGACCUGGACCUGCACCUGGGCCCUGAGUUCCAGGGCUUCAGGUACCUGUGGGGCCUCACGCUCACCCCGGAGCAGCCAGGGGGCCCCCGGCAGGAGGUGCACAUGCUGUGGACGCCAGUGCCCCCUGCCCUGACCCUUGGCGAAGGCGAAGAGACUAGGACCUGGGACUUCCUGACCGUGGUGGGUGGCAGCCGGGUGGAGGCCCAGGCCUGCCUCAACGAGGCCUUACAGCUGCAGGCCACGGGCUCUCUGUACGCCAUCCACAUGCAGGCUUGGGCCCAGUUCUGGACGGGCUGCAGUCUGGAUGUGGCAGGGCCCCUGGCUCUGUGCCAGGCUGUCCGUAGCUCUUUUUACUACCUGUUCAGCGCCUUGCCCCAGCCUGGGACCUCAGGACACGUCUCCCAUGGCCUCAGCCCUGGAGGCCUCUCCAACGGAAGCCAAAGAGAGUGCUACUGGGGCCAUGUCUUCUGGGACCAGGACCUCUGGAUGUUCCCGAAUAUCCUGAUGUUUCACCCAGAGGCUGCCCGGGCACUCCUGGAGUACCGUGUCCGGACGCUGGGUGGGGCCCUGGAGAAUGCCCGGGCCCUGAACUACCAGGGAGCCAAGUUUGCCUGGGAGAGCGCAGCCUCGGGCCUGGAGGUCUGCCCUGAGGAUAUCUAUGGGGCCCAGGAGAUCCACAUCAAUGGGGCAGUGGUGCUCGCCUUCCAGCUGUAUUACCAUGCCACCCAGGACCUGCAAUUCUUCCGAGAAGCUGGUGGCUGGGACGUGGUCAGCGCUGUGGCUGAGUUUUGGUGCAGCCGGGUGGAGUGGAACCCCAAGGAGAAGAAAUUCGACCUGAGAGGUGCGGGUCUGGGCAGGCGGGCAGGCCGGCAGGAGUGUGGAUGUUCCUGGGCUGCCCAUGCUGACUGCUGCACAAUGUGCUGCGGUGGACUUAUGUGCCCAGGAGUUAUGCCCCCUGAUGAGUACCAUGCAGGAGUCGACAACUCUGUGUACACCAAUGUCCUGGUCCAGAACAGCCUGCACUUUGCGGCUGCCCUGGCACGGGACCUGGGUCAGCCUUUCCCUGACAAGUGGCUGGUGGUGGCUGAUGGGAUCGAGGUGCCCUUUGAUCCCGAGCAGAACUUCCACCCUGAGUUUGAUGGGUACAAGCCUGGAGAGGAGGUGAAGCAGGCUGAUGUCGUGCUCCUGGGAUACCCCGUCCCCUUCCCCCUGAGUCCUGAUGUCCGCAGGAGAAACCUGGAGAUUUACGAGGCUGUGACGUCCCCUCGGGGCCCAGCCAUGACCUGGAGCAUGUUUGCUGUGGGCUGGAUGGAGCUGAAGGACCCGUCACGGGCACAGAGUCUUCUGGACAGGAACAUCACCAAUGUCACCGAGCCCUUCAAGGUGUGGACAGAGAAUGCAGACGGGUCCGGGGCCGUGAACUUCCUGACAGGCAUGGGAGGCUUCCUGCAGGCAGUGCUAUUUGGAUGUACAGGCUUCAGCUCUCCCCACAGGGUCACCUGCAGAGGUGUGACCUUUGAUCCUCUGUGCCUGACGGACAUCUCCAGAGUGUGUGUGUCUGGCAUCUUCUACCGGGGGAACAGGCUCAACUUUACCUUCUGCAAGGACUCAGUGAUGGUUGAGGUCACAGCCCAGGCAUGGCCUGGGGCUCCUCAGUUGGAGGCUGAGCUGUGGCCAUCAGGAGCUCAGCUCCCCCUGCUGCUGGGGCACAAGGUUUCAUUUCCUUGUUCAGCUGGCCGGAUACAAAGAUCACUCCCAUAGCUGCCCUGGAGCUUGAGUCCAGAGUUCCCUGGAAGUGUUUCGAAGACAUUGGAUCUUGCUGCAGGCCCAGAGUCUCAUCUUGGAGCUCAGCCCCUAAACCACCAGGAUGCCAGCCUCAGAGACAUCCUGGUCCUCCCCUGAAACCACUCCUCUAUGCCUCACCCACCCUGAGCUGCUCCGGGCCUGGACCCACACACCUGAUCUGUUUGCCUUUGGGCUGAUUUCAACCCCCAUCCUUCAGCAUCCUGUCUUGUUCCUAUAACCAGAGCCUGAGCCUGUACACCCACUCAUGGUCCCUGGUCCCUAGAUUCUUCUGGUCACAUGGACAGCAGGAUGUGAGGCUGGGUGAAAAGGCACAGCCACCUGAAGAACCACCAAAGACGGGGUGUCAGGGGUCUGGGUGUGUGGGACUUAGCUAAACUGCGGGUCAGAAGCACACAGGCUCUGUAGGGGCAAAUGGUUAAACAACAAGAGGUUUAGAUUAGUGAGGUAUGUUGUGUAUAGCCAUUGUCCUUUCCUUUUCCCCAACAAAAACUGUCUAUCCUUGAGACAGCUCCUUGCCCAAACUGUUUUCUGCUUUUGUGUCACUUACAGUGGUAUUCUAAAUAAAAGCCACAGAGUUCUCAGCUUUGGGGAUUCUCCUGGGAGUCUCCGUAUUGCUGGGUGCUCUCUCCUGAGAGAGCCCCUCUGGGCCUCUUGGUGAUUGAACUAA